GCUCAGUUGAGCAACAGACGCGCCAGUGAGAUGAGCUGUCCCUAUGUUAGCACCGAGCACGACGAGCACGCUGUGCCGCUCUCGAAUGAGGUGGGCAAGAUCUAUGGCGAGUAUCUGAUGCUGGACAAGCUCUUGGACGCCCAGUGCAUGCUCUCCAAGGAGGACAAGCGGCCAGUGCACGAUGAACAUUUGUUUAUUGUCACACAUCAAGCCUAUGAGCUGUGGUUUAAGCAAAUAAUCUUUGAAUUUGACUCCAUACGCGACAUGCUCGACGCGGAGGUCAUACAUGAGACCAAAACACUGGAAAUUGUCAAGCGGUUAAAUCGUGUGGUUCUCAUACUAAAACUGCUGGUGGAUCAGGUGCCCAUUUUGGAGACAAUGACACCGCUGGAUUUCAUGGACUUUCGCAAGUAUCUGGCGCCCGCUUCGGGAUUUCAGUCGCUGCAGUUUCGUCUGAUUGAGAACAAGUUGGGCGUGCUGACCGAGCAGCGUGUGAAGUACAAUCAAAAGUACUCGGAUGCGUUUGGUAAGGACGAGCAGGCGCUGAAUGCGAUACACAGCUCCGAGGAUGAGCCAUCGUUGCUGGAGCUGGUGCAGCGCUGGCUGGAGCGAACGCCGGGACUGGAGGAGAAUGGCUUUAACUUUUGGCUAAAGUUCCAGCAGAGCGUCGACGAGUUUCUGGGCGCCGAGGUGCAGGAUGCGCUGCUGGAGCAGGACGAGCGCGCCAAGAACUAUCGCCUGAUGGACAUUGAGAAGCGGCGCGAGGUCUAUCGCUCCAUCUUCGAUCCGGCGGUGCAUGAGGCGCUGGUGAAGCGCGGCGAUCGUCGCUUCAGUCAUCGCGCACUCCAGGGCGCCAUCAUGAUAACGUUCUAUCGCGAUGAGCCGCGCUUCAGUCAGCCGCAUCAGCUGCUGACGCUGCUCAUGGACAUUGAUUCGCUGAUAACCAAGUGGCGCUACAAUCAUGUGAUCAUGGUGCAACGCAUGAUCGGAUCACAGCAACUGGGCACUGGCGGCUCUUCCGGCUAUCAAUAUCUGCGCUCCACACUCAGUGAUCGCUACAAAGUCUUUUUGGAUCUGUUCAACUUGUCCACAUUUUUAAUACCACGUGAGGCGAUUCCCCCACUGGAUGAUGCCAUACGCAAGCGGCUUAUUCAUUAAAUAUAUGCGUAUAUAUUAUAUAUUUUUUUUUCUACAUUUUAAUUGCAUUUAUUAUGUAUAAUCAUUGAAAUAAAUCCUCA